UUUUUUUUUUUUUACGUCUGUCAGGGUGUAUUUGUUGUUCUUAUUGUCUGACGUCUUUGUGGUGACAUUACAAUUGCAGCAUUAAGAAAAUGAUUGUAGAGCAUUGUGUGUGUGUGUGUGUGCUUGUAUCAAGUGAAGUUUGACAGCUGGCAGGUGGAAUCGUGUCCGUAAAAAUCGUCCACGUUUCAUCUCUCGGUGUAACGCUAUAUUUGCUUUUUGUUCAUUUUUGUAGUGCGUUUGUAACGCUAUGUUUUGCUUCACAGAAACGAGGAAGUGACGCAUAGCCGAAAUAGCAACAAAUAGUGUAAAAAAAAAAUCUUGCGCGGUGGAGGUAACGUACGUUAACAAUUGUUUCUCCAGUUCUGGGGGCCACUUUCAUUUUUAUUGACACUGUCUUUGUGUAAAGCUUGAAUAGCCUGGAGCCGAGAAUGAACCCCCCGAGGUUAUUUUUGUGAUGCUUUGUUUCCUGGUUAGCCAGAGCCGAGCAGGAAGCCACAUAGUUCGUAGGGGUACACAGCCCUUUGCGCAACACGUGUGCAGCAAAAACCAGGAUUGUUUUAAACAGGGAAGUGAAUCUGGGGCAUCGAAGGGCAUCCUGCGUAAAAACUGCGCCAAAUCGCGCAUGCAAAGACGGUGCUCCCACCCGAUGAAGCUAAUAUCUUCAUAAAAUGACACAAAUCACCCCCUGGGAAAAAUGUACUUGAUUUGUACUUUGAAUGAUUUUUUGGGGGGGGCUCAUGACCCAGCUGCUAUAGAGGGGGCAGGGAUUAUGGCCUUUACUGCAACCGGCCACCAGGAGGCAAUUGACUGUUGGUGCCUUCACUUCUGUCACAUUGUCUGUAUUUAUACACAGCCUAUUGUUUGGCUAAAAGUAAGGGCGCUGCCUUGAGAAACAGGUUUGUCUUUAUACCAGAGAGAAUAGGAGUCUGAUAUGUCUGACAAUGUUAAGUGUAAAUAUAAAACCAAUAAUUCCAUGGAGGCCCAAACUGGUGGAAGCCUGUAACUUCUGUGUAAAAUUGAAUGUACUGUGCAUCUGCAUGUCUUCACCUUGUUACUGGACUCUUGCUAUCUAACAAGAAGUGGCUGUCCAUCAGCUGAACUUGAUUUGCAUGGAUGCAAACAUGGAGGUAAAGGCAAACAUGGAGGGGUUUGGACAUUUAGAACCAGCAUGUUGGUGACUGUGCUCCUGCUUCUGGUCACUCUGUGUGCCAAGGGAGGAAAUGGAGUUGAGACAGAGGAGGUGCGGAGGCCUGGCCAUGUUUCAGUGGUGAUAGUAGGAGGCACAGGUGACUUGGCAAAGAAGUACCUGUGGCAGGGCUUCUUCCAGCUGUACGUUAACCAGGUCAAUAAUGGAAACACAUUUUCCUUCUACGGCGGAGGACUGUCACCUGCAGACCAGGCCACACCGGUGCUGUUUGAUAUCCUAAAGGCAGUGUCCUGCUCAAAGGAUGUAUCUCAGGAGCGCUGCGCUCUUCUGAAAGAGCAGUUCCUUCGUCUCUCUCGGUAUCGGCAGCUGAAGAGCCUUGAGGAUUAUCAGGACCUGGCUAACCACAUUGAGAAAAAACUUGAGGAAGAAGGAAUGACGGAGGCAGGGAGGCUUUUCUACCUCUCAGUGCCAGCUUUCGCAUAUGCAGAUAUUGCUGAUAAAAUAAAUAGUAGCUGCAGGUCGACCAAUGGGGCCUGGCUGAGGGUAGUGCUAGAGAAACCUUUUGGACAUGACUUUAGGAGUGCUCAGGUACUAGCGUCUCAGCUCGGGAGUUCAUUGAAGGAAAAUGAAAUGUACAGAAUUGAUCAUUACCUGGGCAAACAGGUGAUCGCAAAGAUACUCCCAUUCAGAGUAGAGAACAAGAAGUUUCUGGAUCCCAUCUGGAACAAGCAGCACAUAGAGAGAGUGGAGAUUGUACUGAAGGAGACCCUGGAUGUUAAAGGUCGCAUUCCCUUCUAUGACCAGUACGGAGUGAUCAGAGAUGUGCUGCAGAACCACCUGACUGAGGUCAUGGCCCUAUUGACAAUGAGGCUUCCCAGGAAUCUGAGCAGCAGUGAGGAGGUCCUCCAAAACAAGCUGCAGAUCUUCAGUUCCUUGCUGCCUUUAGGGAAGAAUCAAGCUGUGAUCGGCCAGUACCAAGCAUACAGAUCAGAGGUGCAGCAGGAGCUCAACAAGACAAAAGAUCAUGUCAGUCUCACGCCAACAUUUGCAGCUGUAUUGGCACACAUUGAUGAGGCCCAGUAUGAAGGUGUGCCACUUCUAAUGAUCUCAGGAAAGAUGUUAGAUGAACGUGUGGGUUAUGCACGCAUACUUUUCAAGAAUGACAUCUUUUGUCUGAAGAACCACAACAGCAUUCACUGUAAGCCCAAACAGAUAGUUUUCUACUUUGGGCAUGGCAGUCUUCAGUAUCCAGCAAUUCUUGUAAGUAAGAAUUUAUUCAAGCCAGAUUUAAUUAACAGUGAGUGGAAGGAAGUGACCGAGCACUCAGAUAUCAGUGUUUUAGGUUUACCUAUAUCAGACUAUUAUGUGCAAACUCCAACGGAGCAGAGGGACGCUUAUGUGGAGCUGAUUUCUUACAUAUAUGCUGGACGUAAGAAUAGUUUCAUUAGUACUGAAAACCUGCUGGCUUCCUGGGGCUUAUGGACGCCACUGCUCAGUAGCCUAGCCAGCUCUUUUCCCCGCAUCUACCCUGGUGGUGCUGACAAUGAAGGUCUGCUGGACAUCCGUCUGAAAGGGAAAGACAUUGCCUACAACAGUGAAGUGGUGAUAAUCAGCCGUGACCAGAUGGGGGGCACAUCAGGAAAUGGUUUUCAAGUGAUGCAAGGUAAAUUUCGUAGUGCCGACAUGGUGUCUGCCUGGGCUGAGGAGCUAGUGGAGAAGCUGGCUGCAGACAUACAGGAAGCCGCCGAGGCAGCAGUGCAUGAGAGCGGUGUUUUCCAUCUCGCGCUCUCUGGUGGGUCUACACCUCUCGCUCUGUUUCACAGAUUGGCCCUGCACCAUUUCUCCUUCCCCUGGAGGAACACCCACGUGUGGAUGGUUGAUGAGCGCUGCAUCCCGCUGACUGAAGUGCAGUCUAACUUCUACAGCUUACAUAACCACCUACUACAGCAUGUAAGGAUACCCUAUUACAACAUUCACCCCAUGCCAGUGCAGCUCAACCAGCGUUUAUGCGUAGAGGAGGACGGAGGAGCACAGCUGUAUGAGAAAGAGAUCAGCAGGUUGGUUAAUGGUUCCAGCUUCCAUUUUGUACUGUUGGGGGUCGGCUAUGAUUACCACACAGCCUCCCUGUUCCCCGGUCACAAACUGGAUGAAUUUGGUGAGAGUCUGGUGGCCCUCACUGAGAGCCCUGCCAAGCCUCACCAGCGUAUGAGCCUCACUUUCAGUGCCAUUAAUCGAGCCCACAAGGUUGCUAUUUUAGUGAUGGGCAAAGGCAAACACGAGCUGAUCACACAGCUGAGCCGAGUGAAGGACAAUCCAGACAAGUGGCCUGUCACUGGGGUGAAGCCUGCUAAUGGCAGAAUGGUUUGGUACUUAGACUAUGAUGCAAUUAUAGGAUAGGGAUUAAAUUCCUAACUUUCAAUCAAAAAUGUCUUUAAAGCUCUUCAUUUUAAAAGAAAAGGCUGCUCAUUUUCUACAUUAACGGGGUAUUUAACACUCCCCAUACAGAGACUAAAACCAAGAAUGAAUGUCUUCUAUUCACUGUUGUCUGUCCUGGAUUAGUUUAUUCAUCUGUGGCCUAGAUCUCCAUUGUUCAGUAACAAUUUAAAAACACAUCAGGGAAACACACUGUUGCACUGGUUGACAUGUUGCCUCAUUAUGAAAUGCCAGACCCUAAUAUUUUAAGAACAUGUUGCCACAAAGGCUCUGAAUGGCCCUAACCUUUUAAAGCAUCUAAAGUAAGCAAGAGUCAAGGCCUCAUGCACAAGAUCUCUGGAUAUUCUUAACCAAUAUCAGGGUCUU